UACACUACAUACUGUUAUUUUUGUAGUACAUAUUAUAUAUUAUUUUAUUUAGCACAUUUAAAAUCAUUAUCAUAAUCUAUUUUACGCAGUGCUUUUUCUUUGUGUGCCGCCAAAUUUUGAAAUCGUAAAAUGUGUGCCGCAACAAAAAAAAGGUUGAGAAUCACUGUGCUAGAGUGAAAGAAUCAUUAGUAGUUUAUAGAGAGAGAGAGAGAGAGAUGAAUGCACAGUAAAUGUUGUGAUGUAUGGCUGAUCAAAUUGAAUCGUGAUAUUUUUGUUAUUACCCGCCUUAUUGAGGCUGAUGUGUGACGUAUUGAAUUGGCCAGUAUCCAGGCAUUUAUUUCAGGGAUCACGGAUCAUAUAUAACUCGUGUUUCACGUGUACUGACUGCGUGUGCGUUCAUUGUGCUGGCUGGUGAUCCGAACUGAAAAUUCUGUAUGCACGUUCAUGACGACGAGCCUGGUCGUUGUGAUGUUUCUCAUAUUGAUGAGCAGUAGCCAAGUUUGACACAAGAACAGGGAGUGUAUGCUGUAAGAAUUGCCUGCUGCAAUUGUUUGCUUCAAUCCGAAACACCAGAAUCACUGAGCCAACCAUAAAAUUCUUUGUGUAGUGCCAAUCUAAAUAUUGAUCAAAAUCAAAUUUAACCCAUGAAAGCGAAACGCUUGUCAGGGGAUUUUAGUAGCCAGAUGGCUAGAGCCAAUGUGUCCAGCCUAUUGACACAGCUAGGCCUCACUUCUCCAUCCACUGGUUCAUCGACCACAUCGCCCUCGUUGUCACCGUCCUCGUCAUCUGGGUCAAUGGCUGCAACUGUAACGGCAUCAAAGGUACCAAUCGGUCCAUGUUCGUCUUCACCCGCAUCCUCUGGUCAUAUUAGCGAUAAAGUUCAAGUUAUCGAAAUGGCAGAUAUGGCCGAAUACCGGCGUUCUGUGAUCAGCUCAUACAAUGUCCGAUUCAUUGGGUCAAUCGCAUUACGGAAACGACAAACCUAUCCUAUGUUGAAUUGGAUCUUGACCGAUCUACUAUAUCAGUCAAAAUGUGUUGGCAUGGACUUAUCUGCCUGCAUCACCAAUUGUCUGAUGAAAGAAAACGACAACGAAAGAACCGAAGGUUUUCGACAUCUCAAGCAGCAGUUAACACAGGAUGGCGACCAGACCAAAAAUGGAUUGCUUAUCAACAUGGACAUGGUGCUGGCCACUACAUCGGAAGGCAACUCGUAUAUGUUUCAGAUGUGCAAUCCAGUUGAUGGACAAUGUCUUUUGAAGCACAAAUUUAGCCGAAUUUUUCUGUUUGGAAAAUACUGUCGCCAACCAUCGUUGUUUUACUAUAUACACAAGUCAGAUGAGGACGUCGUAAACGCUGUGCCUAGUAUCUAUCUGUUUCAGGCGGAAAACCAAGUCCAGCAAUCGGAAAUUUGUAUGAAGUUUAAUGAAUUUCGAUGCAAACUGCAGUCAUUAGAAUCGACCAAAGGUACUAGAUCAACAAAUGACUCGAGCGAUACGAACAGCACGUACAAUCCGUUGUUUGAGCUGAACAACCAACAAAUCAACAUAAAUAACAAUUGCUUCGAAGUACGUCAUAUUGGCUCUGUGCUUAUCACACAGAAACGAUCCACACCAUCCAUGAUUGACCGGGCAGCCGACAAGCUCCACCGAGAAAUUCUAUGUGACUAUCCUCCCGAUUCUGAAUCUACGCUUGCAUCCGAUCGAUCAGCUGAAUCAACCGCUGUCACCACCACUGCUUCAACCAGUAAUAAACCAACGGUCAUCACCACCACAGGUUGCUCCCGUCGUCAAUACCGCAAGAACCGUUUUCUCGUACAAGUCAUUGAAGAGUCUAACGAAUCAAAUGAGCCAAGCAGCUCGUUGCCGCACCCAUCUUCGAUAGAAAGAACCAUCGAAGAAGAAUCCAAAUGCUGGCCGCCAGAUUCAAAUGGAGGCAAGCAAGAGCCAAACAAAACAAUGUUAUUCAUUAUUGGCACUAUGGACAUCUGUCUUAUUUCAACCGAAAACCACCGACAAGUCUAUUCCAAAGUAUUUGCCAACAUUUCUCACUGCUCCCAGGGUUCAAAACACGCUGAUCACUUUGGAGUAAUUGUACGUGAACCGUACGUUCCACCACAACCUUCCGGUUUGGACUUUACAUCCAUGUCGCAUCAGUCGACCACAGCUACCGCCUUUCAAAAAGUAUCGUCGUCCACAAACGCCAAAACAUCUACCACAUCCGCUGUCGAGAAUUACGUAUUGCACAUAUUCCAGUGCCAAUCUGAGUCGAUCGCCAAUGACCUUUUAUGCUCAUUGCGACAGUCUUUCAACAACGCCUUUCGUCACCAACAAGCCGCUACUGCCACAAAGACAGCAGCGGCUUCCGGAAGCAAGGACAAUUCGCCUUCAUCAGCUUCAGGUUCGCAGGAAAACAUUUCAGCAGCUUCAGCACAACCUCUAAAAGGUUCGACAACUUUUAACAACACUCAGUAUUGCGGCAAUUGCCCGAUGAACUGGUUCCAUCAGCUUUGCCUUGAUAUCUACGGCCUCGACGAUGUUAAAAUUUUUGCCAUGUUGCUUCACAGAAUACGGCACGGUUCUUCAGAGCGUCGUUGGCGCGAGUAUCACAACGUAUUCGAGUAUUUACAGUUAGAUAAACUUGAACAACGUGUCGACUUAUUGGUCAUUAUGCUUAAGGCAAGAGUGGAACGAAUGCAACGCUAUCAUGAAAUACGUGAUGGCAAAUGUCGCAUGGAUCUGAUCAGUCUAUAUGAACAAAUCGAACAACAUGACCCGGUUUUACGUCAAUACCAGCAGCAGAAAUCUACUCUCAGUUUGAAUCGGCUUGAAGGCCUUCGAAUGAUGGCUCGUAGUUCCAUUAGCAAUACGUUCGAUGCAUUUCGAAAACGUAAUCGACAAUCCCAGUCCAACGAGAAUCUACAGAACAACUCUGCAGCCAGCUCACCUUUUUCCUCGUUAAUGAACCUCAACUCGCCGACAUUGUUCAGCGGUGGUUCAUUAUUUGAAUCGUUGUUGGUUUCCGAACAACCAACAAAUGAUCAUCAGGCUUCAAUUGCGACUGUAAGUCAGGCUAGCAAUCGCGACAACAAUCAGUCAUUUCAACGCCGUAACACGGUGGCCAACUGUGGCCGAGACGACGAACUCGAAUCUGUAGUAGAUAAACAACAGAAUCCACUUUGUAAAAGUAACUCGAUUGACGAAGAAGACGAGGGAAAUCUUGCAUCAAACAACCAAAUUAGCCAAAAGCAAUCGACACCUACAACCACAGGUUCCAGAUCUGGGACACCAUACCGCAACCAACCAUUAAUGGACAUCUACAUAAAGACCUCCAGUGGUAAUGCUAUGUCAUCAGCUCAAUUUUCCAGUAUGGAAGAAUUGCGACAGAAUCUCAACCAAUUGCUUGAUCCGAUGUUGCUUGCCACUGAGACCGUAAACGAAGUGAACAAAAUUCCAGACGAAGACCACGAUGAUUCAGUUUUUGAAGAUACGAAGCGCAUAAAUUUGCACCAUGACCAGAAUAACAUCGAGCCAAGUGAUGAAAAUCCACAAUCCGGUUCUGAAGCCUCGUCAGCCAUCCAGAUGCGUCAUCAGUUAUUUCGUCGUAUUCGAAAAUCGCUAAACGCAUACAAAUCCAAUGCCGACAUUGAAAGCCUUAUCAAUCACAGCAAUGCAGGAUCCUGUUCGCUUAUAGACCGCGUAAGUCAAUUAUAUGUGGAUAUUCCGACCAUCGAGAAUCAAUCACAACUGGAAAUGACAAUACUUCAAUGGAACAAAUUGAUAGAAAUGUUUGAGGCUUAUUGUCACAAUAAUCCUUGCCAACCCCAACAACUGCAACCUAACGUCGUCAAUGAAGACGAAGGUGCGAUCCAAACACAAGCUCAAACUAUGCACUGGUGGAGCCACUACGAACGAUCCAUUGUGGAAGCACUUCGAAUGGGUGUACCAAAAGAGAUUAGAUCAACUGUGUGGAAGUUCCUGGCUAAAUAUCGUCGCUACCACCAACAUGGACAGUAUGAUAACUCAUUGCUUCGCGAUCGUCCUAGCUACCGCAGCUUGCUUAAACAAUUGGCCAUCCACCAACACGCCAUAUUUGUUGAUCUUGGUCGUACGUUCCCAACAGUACCUUAUUUUGCAGAGCCAAUGGGUGCCGGUCAAUUGGCACUUUACAAUCUGCUAAAGGCCUAUUCGUUGCUCGACAAAGAAGUUGAAUACUGCCAAGGUCUUAGUUUCGUUGCUGGAAUACUGCUAUUGCACAUGAACGAAGAUGACGCCUUUGAUCAACUUUGCUAUGUUUUAUACGAAUGUGGACUUCGGGAGCAAUACAAACCAUCGAUGGAUGCAUUGCAGAUGCAAAUGUACCAACUGAACCGCCUGCUCUAUGACUUGAAACGGCCACUUUAUGACCAUUUGGAUAAAAUGGACAUUUCACCCACGCUGUACGCUGCUCCUUCAUUCCUUACCGUAUUUGCCUCCCAAUUACCUAUUGGAUUCGUGGCCCGAAUGUUUGAUUUGCUCAUGUUCUAUGGCAUGGAAGCUAUUUUCCGUGUGUUCUAUCUUCUUAUCGACCGAAUUCGAGAAGAGAUUCUCAGUACGCAAGUUGGAGAUUUGGAGCGUAUCAUGCACCUUCUACGAGUUGUCAUGCUUGAUUUGAGCAACGAUGAUAUGGCCCGAUUGUUUGAUCAAUGUCUUCCGGUGAUUACCAGCAACAGCAAGCACUCAAUUCAUUCGAUGAAAUCGCGGCUAGAACAAUACCGACUUGAGUACCAGAUUCUGCAGGAAGAAUUUGUCCAUCUUAAUCAGAUCAACAAGCUGGCCGUCGAGCAAAAAUUACAGCUCAAACAGAAACAGCAACUCAAACCUGUCCAUCCAAAAGCCGAACAUCAGCUAACGUCAGUUGAAACAAUUGCUGCAGCUGCCAAUCUGGAUACAUCAGCUUCGGGUUCUGCCAAACUGAUUGAGUGCCUUCGAGAGGAGAAUCGUCGAUUACGUGAACAAAUGGAGCGACUUCAUAAACAGAAUUUGCAGCUCAGCCGACAGAUCGAUGAGCUUCAAUCUCUAGGCCGACGCCAGAGCCAUUGAUACUCUUUAAAACACACACACACACACAAAUACACACCUGAAAUUAAUAUAGUGCCUUCAAGCUAUUUAAACUACUUUUUUAAUAGAUUUUUGCAUACGGACACGCGCACCCUACCGGAAAUGGUGUGACAAUGGCCACCAUUAAUAAUAUGUAAUCGUAUAGCGUAUGGUGGAUACACACUUGACACACACACACAGAGUAUAUUGUUAUGGCAUCAUUUACCAUCCUGCACAUACCAAGACACGAACCAAGUUGUUUGCUGUGAAAACAAUAAAGCCAAACCAUUUGAACGGAAA